AUGCUUAGUGCACUCCAGGUGCUGGCGCUCCUGCUGGCUGGCACUCACGCCAAGAAUUCCUCGCACCCAAUAUACUCCAACUCCAGUGCCAUUGUGCACGAGACAGACCGCACGCUCGCGCUCAACUACACGACGCUCGACUACGGCGAGCCCUACGUGGACGCGGCGACGUCGCGCCCCGCCAGGUUUUCGGCGUCACAGGCCGCGGCGUCCGCGACGUCUGCAUCGCUCAGCCACGUGACCGUGGCCGGCGACACCCCGCUGCCCGCGUCCACCGCAGGCGCGGAGACGAUCUACACGGUGUCCGCGGGCCCAGGGUCCACGGGGACCGGCGCCUCGCUGGCCGCGUCCGCGCCGGGCCGCGCCACUGCGUCCUCCAAGUACUCCGCCGCGUCUUCGGGCGUUGUUUCUGGCGGGUCCGAUGGCUUCUCAUCGGACUUGCCUUCUGGCUCCCAGAAGCCAGCUCCAAGCGCAGCAGACGACGCCGCGGCGACCCAGGGCGCCUCGCAAGCUCGCGACUCGAGCACUGUUUCGACGCCCAGCCUGGGCACCUCUUUCGCGGCUGAUUCCAGUGAGACAUUCGCACACAGCUCGGACGCCUCCAUGCUGAGCUCGCGCGAAACGCCUGCACACGGCUCGGUUGGCUCUUCCACAUCAAGCUCGCACGAAACAUCUGCACACGGCUCCGGCGUCUUCCCCACGCCGAGCUCAUCCCAGGCUCCUGCACACAGCUCGGACGCCUCUUCCGCGCUGAGCUCGCUCCAGACAUCUGCAGACGGCGCUCGCGAGACACCUGCACAAAGCUCCGACGCCUCUUCCACGCUGGGCUCAUCCCAGACGCCUGCACGCUACUCCGGCACCUCCCAACUACGUUCAGGCGCCGCUUCUACCGAAACGGCUUCCUCUGAAGGCACCCGCUCGGCAGCGCACUCUGCCUCGUCUACCGCGCGCUUCCAGACCCUCUCCUCCUCCUCAUUCUCGCCCGUGAGCGAGCUUCUCACCGCUACCGCCUCGACCUCAACCAGCGUGCUCUACUCCGCCACGUCGCCCUACACCAGCGCCACGGCCAAGGGCUCCAUCGUCACAUCCGUGCCAUCGCACUCCGCGAACCCGCUUGUGACCCAGUCGCUCAGCAGCAGCAAGCUGUCGCAGAGCAUCUCCACCACCUACACUGCUUCCAAGACGGUCGACACAGAAUCGCUGCUACCGGCCUCGAACUUUACCAGUAGCUCUGUCGUCAUCGGAUCCUCAAGCAACUCCAGCGCCUCCGCAACUGGUACGUCGCUGUCGGCUCCUGGCCAGUUAAAUGCAUCCGCGUCUCAAGGUACUACGUCCUCUCCCGCUAGAUCUUCUGUGAUCCUGAGCACCUCUGUGGUCACCCACAGCACGGUUAACACCACUACCAUGGUGGUGCCAGUCACUUCCACCUACUCGAACCGCACUACCGUCCUGUCCAAGCCAACAACCGCUCGAUUCACGCUCGUGGGCACAUCAAACGUGGUCUCCAACCAAACAGCCACGCUCCAGCCAUCCGGCGCCUCAUCCAGCUCACUUGCGACUCCAAGUGCUAGCUCGAGCGCCUACACAUCCUCCUCGUCGUCCGCCGCCAUGACAACCGAAAGUACCGCUUCAAGUACGUCAGAAACUCCGGUCGUCAGUAUUGUCUCGGAAACAGUCACUACCGUAGAUCUGUUCCAGGCGGUUGCGACAGACGAGCCCCCCUCCGUGUUUGCCAGACACUCAAACCCCAUGGAUCUCUCCAGCGGCGUGAGCAACAACGGCUCGCCCUAUGGAACCAACAAGUUCUACACCAACCUCAUUGUCGGCGACCAGACAAGCGCAGCCUUCGUGUACCCCUACUCGGUGUGGAAGUAUAGCUCGAACGGCGUUAACGGCUUUGCCGUCUCGCACACCUCCAAGGACCAGUACAGCUACGGCAACUAUGACAGCGAUGGAAACUCCGAGUAUCUGGUCAACCCACUGGGCAUCGCAUCUCUGAUCUUUUCCGCUGAGUCCUUCGGCUCCGCGUGCAACAUGUAUGUGAGCGACAUGACUACGUCCUCAUGCGACGUUACUAUUAACGAUGGGUCUGUCUCCAACAUCCUACAGGUGCCACUGGUGCAGGGCAUGGGAUUUGCGAGCGGCAUCUACCACGGGUCACUGAAGCCCGAGAUCAGAACCUCGGCAGCGUUUAUCUCGCUGGAACAACAAACCUCGGACAUCCUGCCCGCGGGCGUGCAGAAGUACCGCGUGGGGUUGAACAGCGGCUCUACGUGGCUAGUGUAUGUGACGCUGCCCGACGGGUACAGCGAUGACGACUUCACUCUAAGCUUUUCUGACUCCUCGACACUGAGCGGGUCGCAAGCCAUCGACGGGCUCAUCGUGCAGUUUGCAGCCGCGCCUGAGGACAGCACUUACGAUUCAUUUUACGACAACGCCGCGGGUAUGUAUGCGACCGACUUCAAACUCGAGGGCUCCUCGGACGGGGCCUCUGCGUCGUAUUCAUUUGACUACCAAACCGAGGGCCGCUCCGCGUCGGGCAAAACCAUGAUUUUCGCGCUGCCCCACCACCUGGAUGCGCUGUCGGCGGAAAGCACUGCGGCGCGCACAGGCGUGCAGCUGCAGUCCACCACCAAGGGCACCAUGGAGGCGCUUCUGGCCACGUCGCUGGUGUUCACCGAGAUCCUUAACACACAGCUCGGAUGGUUGCCCUGGACCUCGCAACUUGGCAGCCGCAACCUCACCUACAGCGCAGAGCAGUUGCAGCUUCUGGCCGAGACCGCCAACGACGAGAUCAACAUCGAUGUGUGGGGCUCCGUGGGCGGGCUCAACACUUACUACCUGGGCAAGGUGCUGGACAAGUACGCUUACAUCCUGCUGACUGUCGCAGACGUCCUGCAGGACAGCGCGGUGACGGCCGCGGCGCUGGAGAACCUCAAGCAGGCCUUCGCAAAGCUCAUGCAGAACCAGCAGCUGUACCCACUGUACUACGACACGAAAUUCGGUGGCGUGGUGUCCUCGGGCGACUGGGCCUCCACCGCGACGGGCUACGACUUCGGCAACACCUACUAUAACGACCACCACUUCCACUACGGGUACAUCGUGCACGCGGCGGCCGUCGUGGGUCACGUGGACGCCCAGCAGGGCGGCUCCUGGGCUCAGGACAACAAGGCCUGGAUCAACACCCUGGUGCGCGACGUGGCCAACCCAAGCGCCGCGGACGCCUACUUCCCGGUCUCGCGUAUGUUCGACUGGUUCCACGGCCACUCGUGGGCCGCGGGCCUGUUCGCCAACGCCAACGGCAAGAACCAGGAGUCCAGCUCCGAAGACUACAACUUUGCCUACGGCAUGAAGCUGUGGGGCGCCGUGGUCGGCGACCGCGCCAUGGAGCGCCGCGCCGAUGUCAUGCUCGCGGUCAUGCAGCGCUCCAUGAACGCCUACUACCUGUUUGCGGACGACAACGCCGUGGAGCCCUCCGAGAUCCUCGGCAACAAGGUCGCGGGCAUCCUGUUCGACAACAUCAUCGACUACACCACCUACUUUGGCACCGAGACCCAGUACAAGAACGGCAUUCACAUGAUCCCAGUGACCCCGGCCUCGGGUGUGAUCCGCGGACCCACUUUCGUACAACAGGAGUGGGAGGAGAAGCUGGCGUCCGUCGCCGCGACCCUGACAGACGGCUGGGGAGGUCUGCUGAGGCUGAACCAGGCGCUGUACGAUCCGGCGAGCUCCUACGCGUUCUUCGCGGACUCGGGCUUCAGCUCGGCCGCGCUGGACAACGGCUUGUCGCGCACGUGGGCGCUGGCGUUCUCGGGCGGUCUGGCGAACUCGCUGGGCCUUCUGUGA